AUAUCACCUAGAGAUGUGGAGAGGACGUUGCAUGGGGAUUGUGGUAACGGUUGUUUGUCUAACGACCGAUGACCUCAGAAAUCAAGAAGAGUCUAGGAUUACUCCGGACGUUAUUCUGGUCAACAAAAUCAGGAAGAAAUUAAUGUCGCAAUGUUCUGAGUAAAUAUUUGAUUUUUAACAAUUGCACAGAGUAAACAAAAAACUUGCCAAUGCUGUAAUACCGAAUACUCAGGACUAUGAUUUUUAUUGAGAAAAUUCCUGUCAUCAUCGUCCAUUGCAACAUCAACGUCGAGGCAACAGGCCUCGAUGUUGAUGCCUGUCAAGUAUCCUACACUGUCAAUUUUGUGCUUGUGUUAAUAUUGUUACAUAAUACAAUGCUAAAACCCCGAGAGUUGUGAAAGUUGGGCAGCAGAGUGCGCCUAUUAAACAUGUGCUAUUGGGUAAAUCUAAUUAUACGUGUGGUACUUCCUUGACGUAUUGGGCCACGAUUUUUGGUGAAUUGGACUUGAGCUUAUUCUAGAUUGACUUUAUAAUUCUAAUUGGAUGCAGCAGGACGUCCUCAAUCCAUUAAAUUUCCAAUUCAUUCAUGUAUGGAAAUGAAUCGCCAUUUUUUUAGGCCGAGAUGUGUACCACUUAUCAUCGGCGAAUGUACUCUGCUUUACGACGUCUUUGACAGGGAAAAUAGUCAUGUGGUUUCACGAAUUAAGAUAUUACGAUCAUCAGAUAAGACUGAUAAUUACCGACAUUUCCAUUAAAAAAAUGUGGUCACUGCUUCCAGGAACUAUCAGUCCGAUGAUUCCAGUGAUGACCACUGGAAUAAACUGUCGCUGAUGUCAGUCCACGGGAUCAUGGAGGAUUUUGAAUGAGAGAGAAGUUGUUUUGAUUUUUCCAACGGUUUUCUGAGAUCUUUUGCAGUUUUGGGUUACGUUGCAGGGUUUUUAUGUCUCGUUAGGAUCACGGGUUCGUUAGAAGAUCGGAAGAAUCCUCCGGGUGAUAAGAUGGAGGUGGAUGCAGCGCCUGACCUUGAACAGCAAUGUGAAGACGUAGUAUUCGAGCUGUGCGACAUCAGAGAGAGAUAUCCUCAAAAAUGUGCCGAGGAGCUCUCUAAAGCUUUACGACUGACAACGCAAAUCAACAAAGCUCCAGUGAUAAUAAAGCCCUCAGCUCCCCUCCUGCCCCUAGUAAUAUUGGAUGAGCAACGAGAGCUUUUCCAGACCAUUGUACCUGUCACCAAAGGCACAAUAGACAGCCAAAAAGCCCUGAAAACUAAUUUAGAAGCAAUGUUGAGGACUGUCAAGGACUUGAAGACAGUGGUGGAGCAAGUGAGGAGAACUGAAGACUGUACUAUCGACAAUAUCCUCAAAAAAACAGAUAAGGAUCAACAUUGAUAAUACUCGAUAAUAACUGAUAACUAAACUUAAUUAAUCAAUAUCAAUAUGAUGAACAAUAAACUUAUUAUGGUUGAA